AUGUCUAAAAGACAAAACAUAUCUGAACAAACUGAAAUAAAUGAACCUAAUAUAAGAAAAAACCUUAAUGUACAACUUUACAACCAUAAAAGACAAGAUGUAGAAUUUUUUAGUUCAGCAGAUAAUUUCCAAAGCAGUAACACAUCUGAUAAUGAAUACAUAAUGUCUGAUCUGUCAGACACUACAGACAUUGAUGCUAAUGAAUAUAUUGAAUAUGAUCAUUUGUUUUCUGGAAAGUCAAAGGAUUCUAAAGACAUAUAUUAG